CAAAAUAAAAAAAAAAAAUCUCCCCCACCAUAAUUUCACCUCCUAAAGUAUCACAUAUUUAUUAUAUAUAUAUAUAUCUAAAAAAAAGAAUGUAAUGUUUAAUAAUGAGGUAUAAAAACUGCAAAAUAUUGUACUCUUUUUAUCCUAAAAUUAUUGAAUAAUUUGGAUUUUUUACUUCUACUUUAAUUUAUACUAAAAAUAAAUAUUUAAAUUGGAUAGUAAUUUUGUGACCGAUGGAAUAUGGGAGUAGUAUUAUUUUAGCUCAAUAAAUAAAAUUUUAAUUUUGAGACUAGGAGAAGAAGUUACAUUGAUGAAUGGAUAAAGAGAGUGGCUUGAAAAGAAACCCCAAACCAAAAUUCCAUUAAGCUGGCUGGGAGACAAUUAUGCCAACCCAUCCAAUAUGCAUCACAAAGAAUAUUUAAAUUGUACGAUAUUCGCCCAAGUGAAUGACGUAACAGAACCGGCCAGCAGUAGCCGUUGACGACUUGACGGGUCCCAAGCUUCCGACCACAAUAAACCCGGUGGAGGAAAACAACCGGCCAAGUUUUCCGAUGGGACCGGAUAGGAGGCAGCGGACAUGGCUGCUGUUGGUGUUAUCCGAUUUCAUAAUGUCCUUUAUGUGGGUUUGGUCCAGUGUUUUAAUCAAGAUGUUUGUCUACACAUCCUUGGGGUUUCAUCAUCAUAAUCUCAAAGCUGAGAUCUUGAAGAAUUCUAUAUCCGUAAUCAAUAUGUUCUUGUUUGCUUACUUGGCUAAACUUACUAACGGCGGGGCAUACAACCCCCUUACCGUCCUUUCUUCUGCCAUCUCUGGCAAUUUCCCUCAGUUCCUUUUCGUUGUUGGUGCCAGGAUUCCUGCUCAGGUGUUUGGGUCUAUCAGUGGGGUUAGGCUCAUCCGUGAAACAUUCCCUACAAUUGGAACAGGGCCAAAAUUAAGCGUCGACAUCCAUCAAGGUGCACUAACUGAAGGAACACUGACAUUCUUGAUUGUAAUCGUGUCACUCGGGCUUUCCAGAAACAUUCCAGGAAGUUUUUAUAUGAAAACUUGGAUUUCCAGUCUCUCCAAGCUUACUCUCCAUGUCCUCGGCUCUGAUCUUACUGGAGGAUGCAUGAAUCCCGCUUCUGUCAUGGGAUGGGCUUAUGCUCGUGGCGACCAUAUAACAAAGGAGCACAUACUUGUUUACUGGCUUGCACCUAUAGAGGCGACUUUACUUGCUAAUUUUGCAUUCAAACUGCUUGUGGUGCGACGGCAGGAAAAAGAGAAGAAGCUAGAGAAGACAGAGUAAUCAGACAGGAAAUAGUGCCGCUGUAGGCCUGUCAUUUAGUUGAAAACUUGUAAGUUGUUUCAAAGAGUGUAACUUGUGCAAGAAGAACUUUUGCUUCUUUUCUUUAGGUACAGAAAUUGAGAAGGGGUGGUUGCCUUAGGAAUUUCAUUUUGAUACCUAUUUUUCUUAUCAUAGUGCUAGAUGAAAGGGUGACAUAGUUGGCACAGUUUUGGCAUGUUUCAGUGUUUCUGGUCUCGAAUUUCCUACAAAUAGGCAACUUUGGUUGCUUAAUUGUUAGUGUUCGUAUGAUGGUAUAUUUUGGUGGGUACUUUUGGAGGGAUGGAGGCCUUUUUAAGGAAGGCUAAUCCUAAUAAUACAGGUUUGUGAGGCUUAUGAAGAGCCUUGUGAAGAUCUGUUUUUAUUAAAAGAAUGGUGGCAUGAGCAGCAUCUCUUUUAUCUCGCACGAAUUUCAUAAUCGAAUAAUCUAUGCUUUACAAAAUGAACCCUGUAGACUAUACCACUUGAGAUCAAGUAAUGAUGCAGUAUUACAAACUUAUUCCAAAGACUACGUGAAAUCUUCUUACAAUAAAGUCACUGUCAUCUAAUAACUUCUCAGAUGAAAUAUAAUGCUCAAUUUCAUCAAUCAAACAAUCCAUCCCAUUUAAAC